CAAAGACCGAAAUUAAGCAGACAUAUUUUCUAUUCGGAAGUACAAAAAAAAAACAUAAAAAACAUGUCAUCUAGAUUCAAGUCGAGAAUUCCGGAACGCGUUAGACACUCGCUAACGGUACUGGAUGGUCCAAACUCGCGGAUAUCCCGCAUCCGUGAUGCCGCGCUACCAAAUCGCUGCUCGCUGAACCGCUCCCAUUUGCCGAUGCCAAUAAGCAAUACGCUGAGCGCUCUGGUGAAGCCAGUAUCGCCGAAAGUUGUAUUUAAGAAAACGCUAACGGAUGAGGAAGCGGUAAUCCGCUCGCUGGUGCGACGUUCAAAACCGCUGGCAGUUCGUGGCAAUCGUACAUCCUUUCGCCGCAUUCAAUUGGCUCACGCUGCGCCAAUUGACGAUUCUUCCGUGCUGUUGAAAGCCACCAAUAGCUUUUGCAGCACCAAUUUUCAGCUGCAAAAGCCCAUAAAGGAGGCAAGUCCGGGUGCCACAGAGAAGGAUCGUGCCGCUAACAAAGUGAGGUCCGCAAAAAGUCUGCUGGAUCUGGUGGCCGGAAGAAGGCAACCGGGUAUGGAACAAAUACGUUUCCUUUGCAGCGAUCAUCGCCUGAUCAAUGUGCCCAGUCCCUUGAUGUAUCGCCAUUCGGAGGUGAUGAGCCGUUUGGAAGGGGAGGUGCAGCCAAUUCCGUUGCGGUCCAUUCGAUCGGCGACACUGCUACGUGUGAUUAUGUGGAUGCACAAGAAGACUCUAUGCGCAAACGGAACUGAAAAAAUCGCCGCGCCGACACCAACAGUUGAGACGUGCAUUUGCGAAAUAGGCAAAGGAAACGGAUAUACGAAAAGCGAGGCCAGCUGUCAAAUCAGUGAGAACACUCAAGGUAAUGCUCAACAAACGGUAAAUUUAACAUGUCAGAUCCUCGGCGAAAAAAUCGAAAAUGAUUGCACAAAAAUACUUAAGAAUGUAGAAUUUGAUUAUGACCAUACACCGAUUAGAAAUGAUAAUAUCGAGAAUAGUUGUGAAAACAAUGAUGAAAGUGUUAAUGACGAGGCAGGUGUUAUAAGCAAUCAAACAAGCGACUCAAUGGAAAGUUUCGAAAAUAACUUGCAAAAUCAAGAAAAUUUUAUGGUCGAAUGUUCUACAGAUAUCAAAUGUAAUGAUUACAAACAAAACGAAAAUCAAAAAGACGAGAACUGCACAAUUAUAGAUGAAAAUAAUGGAAAGUUAGUGUUAUAUAAUCCAAACAUUCAAUUAAUUCAAAAUAACGAAAACACAAACAAAAGUAGUAGAGAUUGCAAGAAUGAUACAAUUAAUGAAUUCACAAAAGUAAAUGGUAACUAUCAAGAUUACAUUCAAAUUACCGAAAUUGGCAAUAAUAAUAUCACAGGUGUAAAUACUGGCGAAGAUGAACGUGAAAUCGGUUGCUUAAAAAGCACGGAUAAAAUCGUAAUUCAUGCCAAUGUGAUGCAAAAUUUUUGUAAACGAAAUAUAUGGAAAUGCAAUGGGAUUAGAAGGUGUACAGGCGAGGAUGCCAACGAUGAUCAAUGCGUUGCUAACUUAAAUGAAAUGAAGCGUUCCUCAUUUCUUCUUUGCUCAUGGGAAGAGCGAUUGUUGGGCAGCGAACUGUACCAGCUGGUGGAAAUUAUCCUGGCGUCUCAUUAUUUGGGCAUCGAGUCGCUGACACUGAACGCCAUUCAUCAUUUCUGUGAACUAAUGGCUCAAAGGACUCGCUCGGAAUGCUGCCUAAUGCUAGGGAUCAAGACACGAUUGGCUAGUGAGCGCCAAACUUUGGAUAACCACUGUCCGUUGAUCAGGGACUCACUGUCGCGAAAUAAUCAAGCAGAUAGGACCGAAAAUAUGAAGCAGCAAUUUGAAUCCAGAAUCUUCAGGAAACCACAACCGAACGGAAAGGCAGCUGUAGGAGGUGGAAUGGGAGAUGGACUUUAUGCCAAAAAGCCUCGCAGUCGCAACCAUUAGUACGGUUUCCAAUCAAGAACAAUGAACUCAAAACUUUUAGAUUGUAUACGCAAUAUACUUUUGUACUUUU